AUACAUCGACACACUUAUGCUGGCACGCUAGCAAAACAAAGCUGGCAAAUUGAUUUCCAGUUUUCAAUUGCAAUUUUUAGUCAAAAAGUAAUGUGCACCGGAUCGCCCAGCAGCAAUGGCUCGCAAGCUGAAGAGAGCAGUGAAAAUGAUAACCAACAAGAACAGCGAUCAUCUACGGAACAAGAGCCAGAACAGAUUCAGAGCACUGCAAUCGUAUCGUGCACUCCCGAAGAAGUGCUCGCCGAUUAUGGUGAAAAUAUAAAACUGCUUACAUUAAACUCCCAAGUUGCCGAGCUGCUCACUAUUAUACGCGACAAAAAUACUACGCGAAGCGACUUCAAAUUUUAUGCAGACCGGCUAAUACGGCUCGUCAUAGAGGAAUCCCUCAAUCAGUUGCCCUACACGGAUUGCGAUGUCGAAACUCCAACGGGUGCCAUCUAUGAGGGUCUGAAAUAUCGCUCCGGCAACUGUGGUGUGUCCAUCAUACGCUCCGGCGAGGCCAUGGAGCAAGGAUUACGCGACUGCUGUCGCUCGAUUCGAAUUGGAAAGAUCUUGGUCGAAUCGGAUGCCAAUACACAUGAGGCACGCGUCGUCUAUGCACGGUUUCCCGAUGACAUUGGCAGUCGCCAGGUGCUGCUCAUGUAUCCAAUCAUGUCCACGGGAAAUACUGUACUGAAGGCUGUAAACGUACUGCGAGAGCACGGCGUGCCAGAGAAAUGCAUUAUAUUGUCGAAUCUGUUCUGCACGCCCGCUGCCGCUCGUACCGUGGUUACUGCGUUUCCCAAAAUGAAGAUUCUCACUUCGGAGCUGCAUCCGGUGGCGCCCAACCACUUUGGCCAGAAAUACUUUGGUACUGACUAGACUACGUAGCCACAACAUUAAAAAGAAAGCAGAGGCAGCGACAGCUCCUA